UGGCAGGAAUAAAAGUGGGAUGGAGACCACAAUUCGAGUUCAUAUUAAGAUGGAUAUCAUUUCUAACGCUUUCGUUUCCGAUUUACAUUCCAAAUCCUAACACGACAGUUGUUUCGCUCUCGAGAUUUUAUUUUGAAGGUUCUCAGUCGGAAGUCUCGCAACCCUAUAUCACGUCUGCCGGAACGGCGCCGCGUUGCACGUUGCUAGUUAGUUGCAAUGUUGUAGCUAUUAGCACUGUAGCCAUUCCGUCGCAGGGGAGGCAGACCUGUCUUUUGGUUUGACACACUGAACCAAACCACCGCAGGAAUAUACCAAACUGUAGCUUCUGCUCGGUGACGCUGCCGAACUAAAAAAAGGUCCUGCCAGUGUGUUACAAUUUGCGUGCUAGCCUGGCCAGCUAACAAGCUAACUAGCCGCUCGCAUUCCAGCCGGUUCUUUCGUCUCCUCCCUUUCUUGAACUGUCCCCGGGUCAGCUGGGCAGAACAUGGCGAUGAGACAGACCCCGCUCACCUGCUCCGGACACACCCGUCCCGUGGUGGACCUGGCCUUCAGUGGCAUCACUCCGUACGGAUACUUCCUCAUCAGCGGCUGCAAAGAUGGCAAACCAAUGUUGCGCCAGGGAGACACAGGAGACUGGAUCGGAACGUUUCUGGGUCACAAAGGUGCUGUUUGGGGAGCCACUCUGAACACAGACGCAACCAAGGCAGCUACGGCAGCUGCAGACUUCUCAGCGAAAGUGUGGGAUGCAGUGAGCGGAGAUGAGCUUCUGACUUUGGCUCACAAACACAUUGUCAAGUCUGUCGAUUUUACACAGGACAGCAACUGUUUACUGACCGGAGGAAAUGAUAAACUGCUUCGGAUCUAUGACCUCACCAGUCCUGAAGCUGCAUCUCAGGAGAUUUCAGGUCACACCUCUGCCAUCAAGAAAGCAUUGUGGUGCAAUGAUGACAAGCAAAUUAUCUCAGCUGCAGACGACAAAACAGUCAGACUAUGGGACAGGACAUCUAUGGAGCAGGUCAAGACGCUCACCUUUGACACUGCUGUGAGCAGCAUGGAGUACAUGGCUGACGGCGAGGUCGUUGUGAUCACAUACGGAAAGACAAUUGCCUUCUAUAACGCUCUGAGCCUGGAGCUAAUCAAGACUGUGGACGCACCAGCUACCAUCAACUCUGCCUCCCUCCAUCCAGAGAAAGAUUUCUUUGUUGCUGGUGGGGAAGACUUCAAGCUCUACAAAUACGAUUACAGCACUAUGGAGGAGCUGGAGUCCUAUAAGGGUCACUUUGGUCCAGUUCACUGUGUCCGCUUUAGCCCUGACGGUGAGCUGUAUGCUAGCGGCUCAGAGGACGGCACUCUCCGCCUGUGGCAGACGGCAGUGGGCAAAACCUAUGGCCUGUGGAAGUGUGUCCUUCCCGAGGACUUGGGGACGGAGAACCCAACUGAACCCAUCUACAAUGCUCCCACUGAGAUUAAAGCCUGAAGAUACCUGCUAUGAGACGACAAGUUAAAGAAAUAUAUAUAAAUAUCAAUGGGCGAGACCCCCCCCCCGUCCAUGAGGCCCAGCAAUGACCAGCAUCCUGCGCAUCUACAUUCUCCAGGAACCGGCGUGGAAAACAUGACAGCCCUAACUGCCGUCGAUUGGCCACGACACACAAAAUAAAGAUCCCUGUUGAUUGUGCUGUCCCACUGGGCUGCAGGGUGAGGCUGUUGAGUGGUGGGCCUCUCCGUCUCAUGGCUGCAAAUAAGCCCACAUCCGUGUUGAUUUUUUUAAGUUUUACCUUCCCUCUGAACUCCAGAUUGGCUCUUAAUGAUUUAAUUUUUAUUGGUAUUUAAAAGAAUGGACCAAUGUGUUUGUUUCAGAUUCUGAGGUUUAAUUUCAGUUUUCAGCAAGUAUUGCUUUAACAAUUCACAAUUGCUCUUAAGAGAAACAAGUGUCCAGACAGGCUAAAAGGGAAGUAAUGACACUGGAUGUUGUUUUGGUUUCAGUAUAUUUGUGCCCAGUGAAUAAAUAUGCCAACUAAUGUUUCAUUUCAAAGCAUUGCAAAGACA